GACGCUCCGCUGUGGCCGGCCGACAGCCCCGAGACCCCGGGGGAGGCCGCCCUGGGGCGCGGGCAGAGCCGGACCCGGACGGGGCGGCCCCCAGGACCCGCAGGAAAGGCGGACCAGCCCCCCGCCCCGCCGGCCCUAGGGCGCCAUGGACUGGAAGACGCUCCAGGCCCUCCUGAGCGGCGUCAACAAGUACUCCACCGCCUUUGGCCGCAUCUGGCUGUCGGUUGUCUUCGUCUUCCGGGUGCUGGUGUACGUGGUGGCCGCCGAGCGGGUGUGGGGCGACGAGCAGAAGGACUUCGACUGCAACACGAAGCAGCCGGGCUGCACCAACGUCUGCUAUGACCAUUUCUUCCCCAUCUCCAACAUCCGCCUGUGGGCCCUGCAGCUCAUCUUCGUCACCUGCCCGUCCCUGCUGGUCAUCAUGCACGUGGCCUACCGGGAAGACCGGGAACGCAAACACCGGGAGAAGCACGGGGAGGCGUGCCCCAGGCUCUACUCCAACACGGGCAAGAAGCACGGGGGGCUGUGGUGGACCUACCUGCUCAGCCUCUUCUUUAAGCUCAUCAUCGAGAUCGUCUUCUUGUACAUCCUGAACAGGCUCUGGUACGGGUUCGACCUGCCCCGCCUGGUGCAGUGUGCCUACGUGGCCCCCUGCCCCAACAUCGUCGACUGCUACAUCGCCCGCCCCUCCGAGAAGAAGGUCUUCACCUACUUCAUGGUGGGCGCCUCGGCUGUCUGCAUCGUCUUGACCGUCUGCGAGAUCGCCUACCUCGUCUUCAAGCGAGUGGUGCGGUGUGCGCAGAAGGGAGAGAAGCGGAAGGCCUACCCUGCCCCUUCGGCCAGCAGGGCCUCCACCUGCCGCUGCCCCCACCGGCUGCUGGGCCCCGAGGGGGACCAGGCCGCGACCAAGUCUCCUGAGGGGCUGCGGGCCUCUGCCCCCAACCUGACUCUGAUCUGACCUCCUUCUCUCCUGCCCCAACCGUGGGCCCCAAAGUGGGGAGAAACAGGAAGCGGGCCGUCCUGUAAGCGGAGGGCAGGGACGCAGAUGGGAAAGGCGGGGGUCAGAGUGGAUUUUCCCUGGCUCUCCUCCCACCUCCCCACACCGGUGGUCUCCCCACCCUCCCCUUUCCCUCCUCUCAGACUACCUGGGCUACUGGAACUACCUGAGCUACUGGGACUAACCCCCCAGAGUAGACUGGGAUGGGGAGCGGUAAGCGAGGGGCCGGGGAGGAGCUCAGCUAGGGCCUGGUCCAGUUGCUCCCCUGCUAUCUCAGGUGUCUGGCUUCUUGGAACACCCCAGCGAUAGAGGGAGGGAGGGCACCCCAGAUUCUCCCUAGAUAGACAUUGUCAGGGACACUAGCUGGGAAAGGAAAGCCCAGCUGCAGGCAGGAGCUAGAAGCGUUGGGAAGUUAGUACCAGGGUGGGCUCAGUCCUCCUCACUUCUCCCAGGAUACAACUCAUCCCACCCCCUUUCUGACCAAAAAGGGUAAAUCUGGAGCCCGGCCCCACCCGGCAUGGGCCAAAAGGGCGCGCCGCACAACCCCAAAUCCAGUGGAAGGAUUAUGGUUUUCACCAGGGAAAUGGCUUUCCCUCAAUCUUAUUUUCUUUUUUUUAAAAGUGGAAUUUAUUAAGCGCUUACUAUACGUGAGGCACCGUACU